AUGGUCCUCGAACAUACGACCAACCAUACCUACGCCCACCCCUUCCCGACAGUGACGCUCGCCUACUUCCUCCGUUACUGCUCUCCCCAGAUCAAUCCCUUUGCCGCCCAUGUCCUCAGCACAGAUACUAUAUCCAGUCAUCUGGACCCGGAUACUGGAAGGUUACACACGACUAGGAUCCACCUUAAGAAGUCCCGUAUGCCAGCGGCCGUGGUAAAGCUUCUCCCCACAAGCAUCACCGGAGGCGGCGGAGACAAGGCAUCAUACAUCUUGGAGACCAGUGUAGUCGAUAUGAAGGAGGGAUGGAUGCAGACGGAGAGUCGGAACCUCAACUUCGUGGGCGUCCUGUCUGUGGUGGAAAAGCAACUCUAUACCUCCCCAACUUCCUCCCCUGUCGCACAGUCGCCAUCCUCUGCCAACACAGACGUUGCAACGACAGUUGUAUUCCGUUCUAGGCUAGGAGAGAAGCUACGAGAGCGCAUCGGGCACCAAGUCGGCCACCACGAGGAUGGCGGCAAGGAGGGCUGGAUCGCGAAGGCGUGGAUGGGCGGCUGGGGCACCAAAGGCAUCCAGAGGAGCAUUGAGACAAUCGCAUCCUCGAAAACGCAGGAUCAACUGGGGAAGAGCCGCGAAGGCAUGCGGGUAGUCCUCGAGCGCUUGCGUAAGAGCGGUGUCAUGGACUUGCUCGAGCUGACACGGCGGGCCAGGGACGGCACCGCGGAUGGCGCAUAA